GAUCACAGCAGCAGGGAGACACUUGCUGCCUGGGAAGGGGAGGGCGGAGGCUCUAAAUUACAAGCCAACCAUGAAGCUCCUGAAGGAGGUGGUGGCUGUGUUCAUCCUGUUACCCCGCUUCCUCAUCACCGCCUUCAUGCUCUGGCUGCUCGAUAUCCUGUGCAUCCGAAAGCGGUUGCUGUCUAAGAGUAGGCAACAGCGCGAAGGAAAUGCCGAUGAUCCUCCUCUGUGUGUCUCGGACACAAACCGAAUGUUUACCAUGGAUUCCCUCAGAGCGAUCUGGUACGGCCAGAAACUGGACUUUUUAAAAUCCGCCCACGUGGGUUCCCCGGCUCCAAACCCCGAAGUGGUGCAGCUGCGGGACGAGAGCACGGUCCGGCUGCUGGACUACAGCCGAGGCGGCAGGCCACUCAUUCUCAACUUUGGUAGCUGCACCUGACCCCCUUUCAUGGCUCGCCUCAAGUCCUUCCAGAGGCUCGCCACCCAGUACGCUGACAUUGCAGAUUUCCUCCUGGUCUACAUCGAGGAAGCCCACCCUUCUGACGGCUGGGUCAGCACCGAUGCUCCCUAUGACAUCCCAAAGCACCGCUCCCUGCAAGACCGCCUGAAAGCAGCCAGUUUGAUGGACAGAGAGAACCCUGGCUGCCUAGUGGUCGCUGACACCAUGGAUAACUCUUCCAACACUGCCUACGGCGCUUACUUUGAACGGCUGUAUGUCGUCCGGAAUCAGAAAGUCGUGUAUCAAGGAGGGAGAGGACCAGAAGGAUACAAGAUCUCCGAACUCAGAAUGUGGCUUGAGCAGUAUAAAAAUCAGAGCCACAAUCCCAGCACUGUCCUGAUUGAAGUGUGAAUGAACUAAAUGCACUGAAUUUGUAAAAAGGUUUAAUAUAUUUUGAAAACGAUCCUUCCUUCUUUCUAUUUACCGCAAUGUUUCUUACUGAACGAACUGGUGAAACAAGUACUAAUGUGUCCUGUACGGUUAAUAUGACCUUGAUGUAUAUUUGUAAAUACUCUUUGAAAUACUAUAUAUUUUGUGUUUUUAAGUGGUUCACCAGGCCAGAAAAGUGAAUUUAAAGCAAAGUGGGAAUUCGCACAUAUUCUUGACACUUCUUUGUGAAAGCCGGUUUUGAAAUGGCUUUAUGCCAAGAAACUGCGCCUGAUGUGACAAGUGUCCGGGAUACGGUGAAUUUUGUGUGUUAGAUCAGUACUGUAUUGCGUUUGAUGAAAACAAAUGUUUCGAAAUCGCGGGCUUUGUAGAUAAUCCUGUAUUUGCAUUCUUUUGAAAUCAACCGUUUUUAUUACAUUUUGUAAUAGAUAUGCCAAAA